CAAAUUAAUCAAAAACAUCAAGACGUUUGUGACAUGAUGUGAUUUUCCAACUCGAACUCGGGUACUAUUACCAAACCGCCAGCCUAUCAAGAAGGUCGUUUGAAAAGAAGGCUUUUAGUUUUUUUAUUAUUUGCAUACAAUGCUGUUUUUUAUAUGAAACAUAUAAGGUUUGUUUAAAUUGGGAAUUAAAAAAAUGACAUCAUUAUUACCAUUUUUUAUGGAAGGUGAGGUGGUAAAAGGUUUUGGAAGGGGCUCUAAAGAGUUGGGUUGUCCAACAGCAAAUUAUUCACUAGAAGUGGUAAAAUCUAUUCCCAAAGACAUGGCUCCUGGAGUUUAUUACGGUUGGGCUCAAGUUGACUCUCAAAUGGUACACAAAAUGGUGGCAAAUAUUGGUUGGUGUCCAUUCUACGAAAACAAGGAAAUGUCUGUUGAAACGCAUGUGAUGCAUAAAUUCGACAGUGACUUUUACGGAUCUAAUCUAAAAAUAUGUGUAAUUGGAUACUUACGGCCAGAGAAGAAAUUUGAUUCCUUGAAUGAUUUAAUUGAAGCUAUCCAACAGGAUAUAAAAAAUGCUGAUGCCAAAUUAGAUGAAUAUGAAGCAAAAGUAUUGAAAGAACAUAAAUAUUUUAAUAACACCAAUAAUAUAACAGUAUAGUGAAUUUAAUAAUUUAAUUUUGUAAAUUUUAAUAUUUCCAAAUUGUUGAAUGCUAUGUUUGACUAUGAAGAUUAUUUUAAUUUGCUUAGAGCAAUUUAUGUUGGUUUAUUGUACAUAUGUGCAACUAUUUUUGUUCACAACUUGUAUGUGAUAUUGUUUAUUUGCGGGAAUGGUACCAUUGUACAGAAAUAUGUAUUUUUAAAUAAUACGAAUUUAUAAGUGCAAUAAAAUUUCGCAAUCUUUUUAUAUUUAUAGACAAAUUCCAAUGUAUAUAAUAAAUAUUUUUACUA